AUGCAAUUCAUCCAAUCCCGCGCGUUGGUUUACAAAAAGUUUGGAGACCCGAGAGAAGUGCUCGAAUUGGACAAUAUCAAAGUUCGGGCGCAGCCGGGAAGCGGAGAAUGCCUCGUGGAAUGGCUUGCUUCGCCCGUCAACCCACUGGAUAUCAACAGGUAUUCGAGCAAAACACUUUGGGCUCGGGAACUAGUUAUCAUGAGCUCUGAGAGACAGAAUCAUUGUUUGACUGAAUGAAUUGUCCGAUCGGACUCGAACUCUGCACGAUUAUCCGUAUUGAUUGGUGUGUCUACCUGAAAAGUUUCAGCUAGAAUGGAUUAUAUAUUGUUUUCAGAAUUCAAGGCAACUAUGCGAUGCAGACAGAGCCGCCAGUGAUCGGAGGAAGUGAGGGAAUCGGAAGAGUCGUGAAGGCUGGGCCCGGAUCCCGUUUCCACGUGGGCGAUCACGUCACAAUCUUCUCAUCGGAAAGCCCAUUCUGGUCGGAAUACGGUAUUGUGGAGGACGAGGAGCUCGUGAAGAUCGACAAUCGAAUCCCGUUGGAACUGGCGGCCACCCUGAUGAUCAACCCGCCGACCGCGUGGAUCAUGCUCCAGAAAUACGUGAAGCUCUCCGCCGGCGACUACGUCAUUCAGAACUCGGCAAACUCCGGAGUCGGUCGGAGUGUCAUCGAACUGGCCAAAGCGUUCGGCUACAAAACCAUCAACAUUGUCCGGAACCGCGAUAACAUCGGAGCCCUCAAGUCGGAGCUCUGGAGACUCGGCGCCGAGCACGUGUUCACCGAGGAAGAGUUCAAAGAGAACAGCCGAACGUUCUUGAAAACGAUCGGAGCCCGGCCGAAGUUGGCUCUGAAUGGAGUCGGCGGAAAGAGUGCGCUGCAGAUCAGUGCGGUUUUGGAACGAGGCGGCACGUGCGUCACUUAUGGUAUGGUUUUGGAGCAGAAAACUCCAUCCUGAUCCGUAUUUUAAGGUGGAAUGUCGAAAAAAGCGCACGAAUUCACCACCUCCGCCCUGGUGUUCAAUGAUAUUCGAGUGAGGGGAGUGGCGGUGGGAAUGUGGGCGAGAGAGCCGGAGAACUUGGACGAGUGGAACUAUUGUGUCGACGAGGUUCAGGUUGGUUUGGCUUCUUUUUUUUUCGUCACUCCAACACCGUUUUUUAAGACAAUGUAUCUCAGCGGUUUGUACAGAUAUCGAAAAGUUGUCAACUGAUAAAAUGUACAGAAUUCGUUAUGAGGUUAUUCAUUCAGGCUAUGAAAAAUAUGAUUUUUUUUUUCGUUUUUUUUACGUCAAAAAACCCAAUUCAGCGGUGUAAAAAAACGAAAAAAACGGAAAACAAACAUACGCUGAAUAGCCCCAUUAAUGAACAAUUUAUUAGUUGACAACUUUCUGAUAUCUCCACACCGGCAGAUGAGAUACAUUGUCAGCGGGACACAACUGACAAAAAGGUUCGAGCUCUCUCUAACGCAAGAGAUAGAAUGACUCAACGCUUGAAUAAAACCAACAGAUCAGAAAUUCCCACCACAACUUCCUUCAUUUCAGAAACUGGCAGUUGCCGGAAAGCUGACCGCAAUUCCGAUGCAAAAAGUGAGCAUGUCGGAGCACAAAAAGGCAAUCGAACGAUCGCUCGAAGGCCGCACCAUCAAACAACUGUUUAUCAUCAAACAAUCCACGUCACCGUCUAAUCUUUGAGCCGUCAUUAACAAAAAACAUUGGAAAUCACAAUAAAGUUGGCCUUUGUCACAUGCGCAUCGGAUGACGUCGCGCGAAUUGAGCACGUGUAUAAAAAGUGUCUAGAGGGCAAAUAUUUGGAAGAACGAGCGCAAUAUUUGGCCAAGACCACGGUCGAUCGCAUUCGGAAUCGAGAAGAAGAAACAGUGAUCUCAUUCUCGAUGAAACCAGUUUUUUUUCCGUUUUGUUGAAUACCCUUUCGACUUUCCCCUCCUCUUUUUUGACGAGUUAUCAAACUGUCACCUGAUUAAUUCCCGAAACGUUUAGCUGAUAAUCGUUCCCGAAUGUCACGUGUCAUAUGCCAACUGAUAACCCGAUUUUUGCGCGUGUUUCAACGACACUUUACCGCUUUCGGCGCACCUCACUUUUUCUACCGCCAACUCACGUUUUUAUGUGCCAUUUGUUACAGACCGUUGAGAAUGACGCCGUCAAUCGAGCACCACGCUGAGACGCGCCCGCUCCACGCGCAACACAUGGCGGAAGCGGUGGCGGAAGCGUGCCGCGGAGUCGAAUGCGGCGACGGAGGACCGUUCGGCGCCGUCAUCGUCGACAAGCGCGGAACGGUGGUGGCGAAGGGACACAACAUGGUGCUGGUCACCAACGAUCCGACGAUGCACGCAGAGAUGACCGCCAUUCGGAAUGCGUGCAAAGCGCUAGGUUGGUUCAGAUUGGCAGCGGGGUUUAUUGUUAAAACUAGAGUCUGUACCGCGCUCAAAAUGACUAUAGCUCCUCGGAAAAAUUCGUUUGCGUAUGGAACUGCGAGCAGAUUCUUGUAACAAUCGAUAUUCGCUUUUUGUCGCUUUUUCAAUUCGGCAACUCAUUUUUCUGAGUUGCAAUGAGAAUUUCGAGAGAAUGCUAAAAGAAUGAUUGCAAGCUAGAUAGUAAAAAGUCUACAAAUCUGGCUAAAUAUAAUAUUUGCAGGCACCUUUGACCUGUCCGGACACACGCUCUACACUUCCUGUUACCCGUGUCCGAUGUGCAUGGGCGCCAGCCUCUGGGCUCGAUUCGACGCGAUUUACUACGGAGCCACAGCGCAACAGGUUAGACGACGGUCCUCUGGAGAUUUAGAAAACAUAUUUUUAGGCCGCCGAAAUCGGAUUCGACGACAAAGCGUUCCACGACUUUCUUAAAGACCCAAAAACCGACGACAUUCGAAAAUUGGAGCACUUAGCCGCCGAAAACUAUCUGCUGCCGUUCCAAAUGUGGUCGAACAAGCCCGAUAAGACGGCGUAUUAA